AUGUGCAAUGGUGAGUUUUUUAAUAAAGAACCCUUGGAAGCAUUUGAGUACUUUGACUAUUUAUCUGAAAAUGCCCAGUCAUGGGAUGUUUCUGAGAUGUAUGACAGAUCUGAAAAUCCAAAAUUUUUAAGUGGGGGUGGAAAGUAUCAUUUAAAAGAAGCUGAUGAUUUACAUGCUAGGCUUGCAUUACUUUCUAAGAAGGUAGAGUCUAUAGAACUUAAGAAAGUCAGCGAGCUGCAAGCCCUACCAUCUACUUCUGAAAAAUGUAACAUAUGCGAAGAUCUUGGGCAUGUGACUAGUGCAUGCCCAAAAAUUCCUGCAUUUAAAGAAGUCUUACUUGACCAAUCUAAUGCUGUGAAUAUGAUCUCUAAAAAUUUUUCUGGGCCAUAUUCUAACACUUAUAAUUCAGGUUGGAGGAACCAUCCAAAUUUUAGUUGGAGGAAUGAGCAGCCAACAGCCCCAGGACCUGCUCAAUAUGCUCCCUAUUCAGCACCAACAGCCCCAGGACCUUCACAGUAUGCAAGUCACCCACCUCCAGUGCAAAAGAAGAACUUGGAGGAUACCAUGCAGCAGUUGUCCGUGAGCCUCCAGCAGUUCAUGCAAAGUCAGAAUACGAUAAAUAAUCAAAAUUCACAAGCAAUAAACGACAUUAGAGGGACACUCACAAGAGUGACCACUGCCUUAAGUGCUCAAGAAAAAGGAAAAUUCCCUGCUCAGCCUCAACCCAACCCACAAGGACUGAAUCAGCAAACUCAGAGUACUACUGAGAGUGCCAAUGUCAAAUCUGUCAAGGCCAUCACAACUCUAAGGAGUGGUAAGGUUGUGGAUAUUCCUGCACAUGGUGCAACCAGCUCAGGUAAAAAUUCUAACCCUUCCCAAGAUAAAGGUGAGCCAAGCAUGCUAGAUUCUGAAACAAAUAUAUGCCCAACACCCGCCCCAUUCCCACAUAGAUUGCUUUCUAUGCAUAAGGAAAAACAGCAUGCUGAAAUUCUGGAAAUUUUUAGACAUGUCAGGAUUAAUAUUCCUCUUCUUGAUGCCAUUAAACAAAUUCCUGCUUAUGCUAAAUUUCUAAAGGAUUUAUGCACUGUAAAAAGGAAGUUAAAUGUGCAGAAAAAAGCCUUUCUCACUGAGCAAGUCAGUGCAAUAAUUCAGAAUCACACACCACCCAAGUUUAAAGACCCUGGUUCACCAACUAUUUCUUGUGUCAUUGGAAAUGCAAAAAUUGGCCAAGCUUUACUUGACUUAGGUUCAGAAGUUAAUUUGCUGCCUUUUAGUGUGUAUGAACAGCUGGGUUUGGGUGAAUUAAAGGCCACUUCCAUUAUUUUACAGCUUGCUAAUAGAUCCAUCAAAAUACCAAAGGGUAUUGUUGAGGAUGUCUUGAUCCAAGUAGAUAAAUUCUACUACCCAGUAGAUUUUGUGGUGCUAGACAUGAAAGUGACUGCCCAUUCAAAUUCUUCAGCACCUGUGAUUUUAGGGAGACUAUUCUUAGCAACUUCUAAUGCCAUAAUUAAUUGUAGGAGUGGUGUCUUGAAAUUAAGUUUUGGGAAUAUGACCUUAGAAUUGAACAUUUUCAACUUGUGCAGGCAACCUCAAGAACCCGAGGAACUUCAAGAAGUCAAUGCACUGGAAUCUCUCCUCUCUGAAAAUUCUUUGCUGAAUUAUGAUUGUAGUGAACAAUGGGAGGAAUUAGAGAACUCCCUUGAUUUAAUUGAGCCUGCUAACAUUAUGUCAUUUGUUUAUGCUGCAGGAAAUCCCACUGAGGUGCAGUGGAAGCUGAAAUUUGAGCCAUUACCAGAAAUUCCAGCAGCGUUAAAACCUUCCACAGAGAAGUUCCCAGUGCUGGAACUAAAGCCUCUGCCUUCAGAACUGAAAUAUGCUCACCUGGGUCCAGAAAAUUCAUUUCCAGUGGUAAUCUCUUCUCAAUUAACUCCUGACCAAGAGAAUAAAUUACUGACCAUGCUGAAACAACAUAAGGCAGCCAUUGGUUGGUUCAUUGCUGAUAUCAAAGGUAUAAGCCCUCUUACUUGCACUCAUAGGAUAUAUUUAGAAGAGGACUCAAAACCCUCUAGGGAGAUGCAAAGGAGAUUAAAUCCUACCAUGAAGGAAGUAGUAAAAACUGAAGUUUUGAAACUUUUAGACAUAGGCAUCAUAUAUCCUAUUGCAGACAGCAAAUGA